AUGCAGAUUUUUCUCUGAUAGGCGUCAGUUUGGUGGCGUCCAGCAUGAGCGUGUUCAUUAUCUAUGUAGUAAAGACCAAAGCUCAGAGUGUGAUCAUGUCUUGCGUGUUAAGCGGCGUCUAUGUCAUCUCCUGGAACGCUCUAGACGUGUUGGGAACUGAACUUUACCCCACACAACUACGCUCAUCAGCUCUGGGGGUUUUCACUGGAGCUGGUCGUGUGGCAGCCAUCAUGGGAAAUGUAGUGUUUGGGCAGCUGGUGGGCUCAAACUGUGCCAUACCUCCGCUUAUGUUAUCUACACUCCUGCUGGCAGGAGGACUGACAGCUCUAUGCCUGCCUCCAACUAAACAGACUGAACUCACAUUACACACACACAGUCAAUUGGCAUCAUCUGGCAAUCCUGUCAUUCUGGGACCAAACACUAAACCAAAAAAUACAUAA